AGGCCGGCUGCCGGUAGUUACAGCCAGUUGCACCACCGAUCGGCAUCGCUGCUGGAUCGACUCUCGUGUUUCUAUAAAACUCUUUCUUUCCUUCACAAUCCUUCUCCAUCCAACAGACAGCUAAAAGAAGUCCAGCUGAAAUUAAAUUUUAUUCGCGAUCACCGAAGUGAUUCUCCUGACAGUGUUGCCUUUUCGCAAAAAACUAUUUUCGACUCCAUUUUUCCUGGAAGACGGUGUUCUGCAAAAUUGUUCGAUUAAGAUUAGAAAACCGAUCGGUAGAGCGGUAAAAUCAGUGAUGGUUCUCGUAGAAUGUAUUUUUGAGAGAGAAAGUCACGUCGAUUGCGUUUCAGCUAGGUGAACGACAGCUGGCUGGAAAAAUGUUCGUAGCCGAAACGUAUUGUUACAGAAGAUAGCGUGCGGGGAACCGGAAAGAUCCUUCGUGUGCGCGUCACGUGAUCGUCGAACCAUGCCGGUAAUCGUUUGACGUUUAAUACACGCCGGCUACUCAAUACAUCUCGUAUUAAUACAUCUUUUGUUUGCGUUAUUAUUGUCGCAAAGAUUUAUCGUCAAUUAAGUGAAAAAUAAACGUUGAGAGAACAUAUAGAAUUGUAUAUGUACUUUCCGACUGACAACACUGGGAAUGAAUUUUAUAUUGUUGGUGCUCGUUGAUUUAUUUUACCAAUAACGUGCAAAUCGAUGAAAGUUCAUCAAAUUUUCAAGGCGUGUUAGAACAAUGUUAGAAGAUGGAUUGAUUCCGUUAAUGUCGGUUUAUUUAAUGAUACUAUACUCCAGUUUCUUAAAAUUUACAAAAUUUAUUCAGCCAAUCUUGAAUUAGCACGGAUUAAUAUUUUGAAACUUAAAAAUUACGAAGCCAAAAUAAAAACUGCGAACUAUUCUUUGGCACGAGAUACUUAAAAACUACCGACUUAAUUGUACAUUAUUAAAUCAUUUUUGAAAGAUAAUCAAUAUCUGAAAACUAAAUUGCUCGAACUACCUAAAAGCGAAACCAUCGAUCCAAUUCCAAAUUGAAAUGAAACAUUUCAAAGCAAUCCGCAAGGAUUCUCCAAACGCUUUCAAAAAAGUCUGACUUUGCAAAACGGAUUAACGUCACGAGCGACUCCAACCUUGAUCAAAUCGUUCAGUCAGUUAACAAACGUAAACCACUCUGACCCGAGUUCCUCUUAAAUCCUCCAAACUCAGACCUGUUAAUCGUCACACGCCCGAAAGGAAACUGGCAAAAAAGGAGAUUGACGAGAGGUGGAGUGAAGGGAGAGAGCGAGAGGACAGAAACGAAAGCAAUCGGAAGCUGGCCGCGAAUUGCGAACGGCGAUCGUUGCGCGCGAUCGGAACACGUCCCGCGAUCGCGCUGUCAGGUUAUCUCUCGAAGGCGUCGCGUCGAUCCUCGAGGCCUGGAUUCGACAGUGUAUCGAGCGUAGCGAAACGUGAAUCACGUGAAAACUGCGUCAUGCCACAGGGUGGCGAGAAGCUGUCGAAUGGCAGGAUCGACGGUGGAAACCUGACGAGAGAGAUUAUUCACCUCGAAGGAGAGGAUUCGUUGAAGAAGGACGACGCCGAUGUAAGAAAGUGUGGCAACGACUUGGACGGUAUGCCAGAACUCAAGGACGAUCAGAUACAGCUGAGCGACGAGGAGGUCUCGUUGGAUCUUGGAGAACCCUCGCCGGAAGUGAUGGAGUACGCCAGAAGGGAGCUCGGCGAGACGGACGACGUGAAGUGCAGAACUCUUCAGGAACUGAGGGACAUAAUUUAUGAGAGAGGAGAAUGUUUGCCGCACAGGAUGGACGACGACUUCUUGAUUAGGUUUCUAAGAACGAGGAAUUUCAACGUUAACAGGGCGCAUCGAUUGAUCGUAAACUAUUGCAACUUCAAAGAGGAACACCCGGAGAUCCAUCAAGAUGUGUGUCCGCCAGAAAUGAAGCACAUUGGCGAAGACGACGUGAUGUCAGUGCCACCGUACAGGACACAGGAUGGCAGGAGGAUAAUGAUUUAUCGAUUGGGAAAUUGGGAUCCAAGGAAAUAUGGCGUGGAGGAGAUUUUUAAAGCCACAGUCAUCAUCCUUGAACUUGGGGUAUUGGAGCCUAGAGCACAAAUCCUUGGCGGCGACGUAAUUUUCGAUUUGGAGGGCAUCACUAUGGCACAUGCGUGGACUAUCACACCUCAGGUGGCCAGUAUGGUAGUGGCGUUGAUGGUAUCGGCGUUCCCAAUGACGACCAACGCCAUACACAUCCUCCAUCAGUCGUGGGUGUUCGACGUGAUGUUCUCGGUGUUUAAACCGCUGUUGGACGUGAAAAUGCAAAACAAGAUCUUCUUCCACGGCAGCAACAUGGACAGCCUCCACAAGCACAUCUCCGCGUCGUACUUGCCGAAGAAGUACGGCGGGAUCAGGGAGGAGUUGCCUUACUACAAGUGGAUCGACAACCUCAGCAAAGUGCCUCAAAUCGUUAAAGAGAUGAAGCAGCUUGGUUACGUACUCCCGGAGGAGAAACAGAAGCAGCAGCCAGAUCAAUCGGUCGAGGAUUGAAUUAGGACGUGCCUCGUGGGCUCCUUUGUCUCCAGUUCAAUAUUUACUUCUUGAUUAAUAAUAGCCACACACGUAUUAGUCUCUCAUGCUAACCUGCAUACAACUAUCGGUAUAAUCCAGUUAGGAUUCUUCCUUUUUCACUUCGUUUUUUUUUUUUUCUUGUAUUCUCGCUUCCUUUUUAUAUCCGUUAAUUAGCGCGUUUCUUCCUCGGAAACGGAGAAGAUGCAUCAUAUUAAACGCAACUCGAGCGUCGCAUGUUUUGUACUCUCGUUCAUUACCGUUCGUUCUGUAUCCUUCUUUCUGCAUAGCCUCUGCGCUCUCCUGUCGUGAUAUUGAUUAAACGAUUUCAGAGAGA